CUGAGUUAAUGGUUGUCAUUUUCCGUUUUUUAUGAAAAUUUCUAAAAUGCCUGAUUAUAUUGCAAAAGAAUUAAUCAAGAAAAUAAAGGAAUACUCAACGAAAUUGCGUACUUGUUUUAUCAGUAAUACGAACGAUCCGACAGAAAAUGCAUCUAUUUGUUUUUGCUUUUUUUAGUUUUUUUAUUUGCAUCAACAUUAUAUAAAACUUUGCACAGAUUUGCCGAUCUGCGCCCUGAAAAACCAUGCUAUACCAAGAAGUUAUGGCAAUUAUCUGCUCAUAAAAACAUCAAACAAUGUGUAGCCUUGAAAGCUUCUGAUGUUCUGAUAAAAUAUACACUUUUAAAAGGUUACUGGUUACAAAGGCUUGCCCAACUACAAGAAAAUUAUUUUAGUUGUGCAAAAUAUGGAUUAUUUUUGAGUCAUUUCUAUUACUUAAUAAACUUAAAGCAGAUAGUUUUAUUUUAUUUAAUAUCUUCUACUAUAAAUCUGGAUAUUCAAUAUUGUAUUUAUACUCAAUUUAAAGUAUAAAAUGUCUUUACUUUUGCAAAUAAAUAAUAAAUUGUAUUUAUCAGCUUCAUCUAUAUAUAAUUGUGUAGUGCCAAAGCCAUGUAACUUUAAUUUCAGCAUUUUGUGUCACUUGAAUAUCUAUGGAAUAUCUGUAGUAGAUUUUAUUUUUACAAGCAAAUAAACCUGUCUAAUUGAGCAAUUUAAAAUAGCUCACAUGAUCAUUUGCAUUAUGGCUUUAUUGAAAACCUUUGGAACAAAAUAAACAACCAAAAAAGUUUCUAAACUAUAUUUAUCAAUUUGCAAUAACUACAAAACUCAAAAAACUUUAAACGAUUAUGUUUUUUCUUCUUUGUCUUUGUUGCUCCUGAUUGCUUUGGCAUUUGGUAAUAAAAAUGAGAAAUUUAAAUAAUAUCGAUGAAACUUUGCCAUUUAUUGGUGAAUUAGGUCUUUAUCAAAUAAUUGUUAUUGCAAUUUUCUGCUUAAUAACGAUACCUGGCACCUUUCAAUCUCUCAUUAUUUACUUUGUUGCUGCUAAUCCAGCAUGGAAAUGUGUUGAGAACAGUACUAUUUGCAAAUUGGUUGGAACCUUUGAAUCUGGAGAUAAAAACUACACAAUGAGAUGUAACAUGCCAAGAUCUGAAUGGAAAUUUGUAGAAGAAUAUGAAUACUCUAUUGUUACUCAGUUUGGUUUAUUUUGUGAAAAUGAAAGUUUAAUAUUUGUCAGUCACUCACUGUUAUUUGCAGGAUCUGCAGUUGGAUCUCUCAUCUGUGGAUGGCUAGCUGAUAAAUAUGGUAGAAGACAAUUGCUGAUUCCAUGUAACAUCGUAGUUAUAAGUGUAGCAUUUGUUAGUGCUUUCUCACCAACAUACUGGUUAUUUGCAUGCUCCAGGUUUGUUGUUGGCUUUUUUGGAGGUACAACAUUAGCUAUAAUGUUUAUAUUAAGCUCAGAGUUGGUUGGAUCACGAUAUCGUCCUACUGCUGGAAUUGUAUUGUGGUUCUUCUUCACUUUUGCAUUGGUGAUGUUAGGUUUGGUUGCUAUGAAAGUUAGAAAAUGGAAGAUGCUGAUGAUUGUUUCGACUGCUCCUUAUUUUUUGGUUAUUCCACUUUUAUUUUUUAUUCCUGAAUCUUUACGCUGGAUGCAUUUAAAUAGAAAGAUGGAACAACUACAUCGGGAUAUUCAAAGAAUUGCUAAGAUCAAUGGAAAAGAACCAUUACUCAUAGAGCUCUCUCCUUUAAAUGAAAAAGAAUUAUCUGUUAAACCAUGGAUGUUGUUUAGUACCAAAAAAAUGGCAUUUACUACCUUGAGUAUUGGAUUUGCUUGGUUUAUUAAUGGACUUGUUUAUUAUGGAUUGUCAGUUGCUGUUGAUAACUUAAGUAAUCAUUUUUAUCGCAAUUACAUUUUAUCAAGUUUAAUUGAACUGCCUGCUAUUUUAAUUGGUAUUCUAGGAGCCACAUAUGUUGGUCGAAAAUGCACUGUAGUUUAUCCUAUGCUUUUAGCUGGUUUGCUUUGUGCAUUGGUAACUGUUAUUGACGAGAAAGAAACUCGACAGCGUUUUAUAAACACUCGAGUGGUACUUGGAUUAUUUGGCAAAUUUUUUGUUACUCUCUCCUAUGACACUAUAUACACGUGGACUGUUGAACUUUUUCCUACACAGAUUAGAACGGAAGCACUCGGCUAUGUUUUGAUUGCAAGUCGUAUUGGAGGUAUGUUUUCUCCUUGGAUUUCAAAAUGGUUGCGUGUAAUUCAUUGGAGAGUCCCUUUUGUGAUGAUGGGGGUUUUAACUAUUGUAUCUGCGCUUCUGAUGCAUUGGUUACCAGAAACCAAAGAGAAGGCAACCCUUGAAAAACUUGAAGAUAGUAUACAGGUUGAGGAAAAUAAGCUAUAACAUUUUUUAUACCAAUCAGCUAUGUUUAAAAAAGAGUGUUCAUUGAUCAAUUAGAUAAAUCUUAUCAAAACUCUUACAAUCAUAUGCUGCUGUUUUUUAAAGAAUUAUUAAUUUUUAAUGUUUUGUUUUUUUUUUUUGUUUUGAAUAAACAGAAUUUUAUACAUAAAUGUUUGAAAUGCUUUAAAUUCUUUAAAGUUUUAAGUCUUUUGCUUUCUCAUUAUUUUGAGAAAAUAUUUUUUUUUUUUUACUGAAUAUUUUAUAUAUUAAAUUUAAGAUUUAAUGUUAAGUAGAGUUUAUUAUAUUGAACAGUAAAUAUUAUAUUGAACAGAAGAUAAUAUAUAAAACAGAACUUUAUUUAAUUAUAUUUUUAUAUAUUGAUUUUUUAAUAUUAUAUUCAUUACAGAUUAUUAUAAGUUUUAAAUUAUUUGGUAGAUUUUUUUAUUAUUUAUUUUUUUCUAGUUCUACUGUUUUAAUUUUUGUAUUAUUGCAAAAUUGAGAAAUCUUUUGUUUCA